CACAACAUACUGAGAGGUGGCCUCUGAUGCACUCUGCACGAACAGUUCAUCUGAGGCCUGAACGCUGUUAUAUAAGCAUUAGCUACUCUGUGCCAGUGACUCUUUAAUGGUCAGGUCUUGUCAUUAUCCCAUUAGCAGUAGAUAUUUUAAGGUGCCACCACUUUUUAUUGGUACCUGGAUGUAAUAGUUUCAGACAUUCAGUAUCCUGUGCUGUCACUGUGUGCGGAGGCCAGUUUACACCUCGUCAUCAGAGCUGACGGGCCAGCAACCGCCUGGACCAGCAACGGGACUGAAGGUGUGUGAGGGCCAUGGGGAACACACACACAAGUCUGGACGCCAUCCUCGCUGAGGACAUGCACCACUGGUAUAACAAGUUCAUGAGGGAGUCUCCAUCAGGCCUAAUCACACUUUUUGAACUCAAAUCCAUCCUGGGACUGCAGGGCAUGAAUGAGGAUGCCAGCAGUUAUGUGGACCAGGUGUUCUUCACUUUCGACAUGGAUGGGGAUGGAUACAUAGAUUUUGUGGAAUAUAUCGCUGCGAUCAGCUUAAUGCUCAAGGGGGAAAUCAAUCAGAAACUGAAAUGGUACUUCAAACUUUUUGACCAGGAUGGCAAUGGAAAAAUUGACAAGGAUGAAUUGGAAACAAUAUUUACUGCUAUACAAGACAUUACAAGAAAUCGUGAAAUUCUGCCAGAGGAAGUAGUGGCUCUUAUAUUUGAAAAGAUUGAUGUUAACGGAGAAGGUGAACUGACGCUGGAAGAGUUCAUUGAAGGAGCCAGAGAUCAUCCGGAUAUCAUGGAUAUGCUGAAGAAACUGAUGGACCUCACUCCAGUCCUGAUCAUUAUUGUCGAAGGGCGACAGAAACCAAUCAAUGCAAGUUAAGCAGGCUAAACUCCAUCUUAAGGACAGAGAAACCAGAAAAAUUCCCCACCUGAAAACAAAAUGAAAGUGGAGUUUGGUAGUCCCACUCUUGAGGAACCGAUGUAGCUUCCCACAGCUCCUGUGUGAUUUCCUCAACAGAGAAUUCUCAGGGAAACUUUUGUCCAAGCAUGGUGCGGUUUGACCCCAGUGGAGAUACCAAGCCUUGCAUCAGAGCUGUCCUCAGCUGAACAUUAAUCUUCUAAUGCUGUAAAGGAUUCAGGAGACUUGGCAAAGCUUAGAAGUGAGCAGUGUGGUGCUUUUUAAGGAAAGGCUCAGUAGAGCACAUCAUAUAAUCCAUGUACUUGUGCUUGAGCUGUUUAUGGCAUGACUAUAUUGCUCUGGGAGUGAACUCUGACACAGUCCAUUUCCGAUGUGGCCUGAAUUGCACUAAGAACUGGGAAAUGAACAAUGUAUAUACAGCAAUGGUUCUCAGCUGGUUUUUGCCUACAUUUUACAUUGCACAUCAAAUGGCAAUCCAAAAGCAACAAAAAUAGUGCACAAAAUGUACCUGUAAAUCAAACAUUUCUGUAGAAUGUUGUAUUCAACAUAAUAUUACAAUGAACUGUUUCCUACAUUGGUAACCUGACCAGGCUGAAUGGGAAAUAUAACUAUUUGAUAAAUUCAUAAAUGCAAUAGUUGGCCACAAAAUGCUGACAUUAAUAUCUUUGGUGUUAUUGACAAUGGGAUGUUGUGACUGUUUAUUGUGUUGUCCGUGACCCAGAACAGACCCUAAAACCCAUCUCUGACCACCGAUAUCAUUUCACAAAUAUUAUAGCACUAUAUCAAAGGAAAGUAUCA